AUGAAGGCUGAGAAUACCAAGGCGGGUAAUCAAGCUUGGAGAAAAAAGCCUCGCAAGUUCGCUCCAAAGUCCAGACUGGGAUGUAAAACAUGCAAGAUAAGACGGAUAAAAUGCGAUCUAGCUCGACCCGCAUGCUUGAAAUGCUAUUCGACCGGCCGCACUUGCGAUGGCUAUAGUGAAAUGACCUUCACAUCCAAGCUCGAGAAGGCUGAGACUGAAACAACUCCUCAUCAUAAGGAGAUCGUUGGCAGAGCAGAUAUCUGUAACAAUUACCACCCACGUACGACAAUCAGUGCGUACGAGUCCGCGCGAUGGCACUCGAAGUACCGUGGUCUCAAUUCGCAGAAUUUCCAACCCUUUAUGAUCCUACCAGUUACUGCGUCAACCGAGGCAGAGAUGAUGUCCUUCUUCAGGGAUGUCUCGAUCAAGCAUCUGAAUGAAUACCGUCCUUGCGAAUCAUGGCGGCAAACUCUCAUGUUCUUCGCUCAAACAGUGCCUGCAGUGCGGCAUGCUGCCAUUGCCCUGGCCUUGAUUCACCGAAACUAUUACCUGGAUUGUCACUCAAACAAUGGAUUCCAGUAUCAACCACCUUUGUUGAAAAACCGACUACCGGAUCACGCCCCUUUGCUUCACUAUAACCGCGCCAUUCAACUUCUGCUGAACACGGAGAAGCGUGACGGCACUCAAACCAUAGCGGUCACGCUGAUGGUCUGUUACCUCUUCACCUGUCUUGAUCAUCUGGUGGGCGACAACGUCCAAGCAGUCAAGCACUUGCGCGGAGGCGUUGCGCUCUCCCGUAGCAUCAUCCAUAACGCUACAUUCAGCUGCUAUAUUGAUGACGACCCCCCAUCCUGGGGGAAUGACGUGAUUAUCGACCAGGUUACACAGCAAAUUCGCCGCCUGGACAUGCAGGCCGUCAUGUUCCUGGUCGACUGGACUCCCGCUGAUCUCCAAGAGACAUUCACAAUGUCCCAUCUAGCUCUUUCUGACAACAGUCCCUUCCAGUCCCUCGACCAAGCCGCCGACCACCUCCAGAUGCUUGUUACACAGGUAAUGCGGCUUCGCAACACCGAUCACCAGAUAUCCCCAACAGGUACGAUGCCGCCAUUGCCUUCUUCCCUCAGUUACACCGUCCGCGGGCAGUUGGAAACGUGGUCGCGUCGCUUCGAAGCCCUCCUCCUGCAUCCAGGCAGCAGCAGCAGCUCCUCUGCCCCAGCCUCACAAACCAACCCGCUCGUAACACUCCUCCGUCUGCAACAUACUAUCGCACGGGUCCUCCUCGAGGGAUACGGACCCGGCCAAGAAAUGGACUAUGACAAGUUUCUGCCCCAGUUCCGGCAAUGCAUCGCACUGGCGGGCGAGGUCGCGGCGGCCCAUCACCGGUAUGCGGGGUCAUCAGCACGCGCGACAUUCACGCCGGAGAUCGGCCUCAUCCCCGUUCUUUUCAUCGUCGGCGUCAAGUGCCGGCAUCCGGUUGUCCGUCGUCAAGCCCUCGAGCUUUUGCGACGGCAACCGAUGCGGGAGGCGGCGUGGGAUAGCAUCUUGACUGCUCGGGUUGUGGAGCGGGUCAUCGAGAUUGAAGAGAGUGGUGGUGGUGGAGUCGCUGGGCAAGAGCAAAUGGCACCACGGUGCAUGGAACAGAUUCUGUUAUGGCAGAGGAUUGAGGCAUUGUCGUAUACGUAUAUCCCCCGGGGUAGGGCGUCUGCGGCUCGGUUGGAGAUUGAGUAUACAUUCUGCGCCCGGGAGGGCAUACACGUCGAGUCGCUCACGAUAUAA